AUGGAUUUGAGCAACGGCUCACCGGUCAUCAGUGAUCCGAUGUCAAUGAGCCAGUCGUUGAUGGGAGUGCUGCCUUCCAACAUGAUGCCGUUUUCAGUCAGGCCCGGAGGUUACUCCGGCGCUGGUGGCGCCGGCGUAAACGUCAGCAGGCGCAAGAUCGAGGAGGUCCUCGUGAGCGGGCUGCUGGAUGCCAUGAAAUCCUCGUCGCCGCGUAAGAAGCACAACGUGGUCUUCGGCCAGGAAAACCUGCCCGAGGAAGAUCCUGCCUACAGUGCAUGGAUGGCCAAAUGCCCCUCUGCUCUGGCUUCCUUCAAGCAGAUCGUAGCCAGUGCACAAGGCAAGAAGAUUGCUGUGUUCCUGGACUACGAUGGCACCCUGUCGCCGAUCGUCGACGACCCUGAAAAAGCCGUCAUGUCCCCUGUGAUGAGAGCUGCUGUGAGAAACGUCGCCAAGUACUUCCCCGCCGCCAUCGUCAGUGGAAGGUCCCGGAAGAAGGUUCUUGAAUUCGUAAAACUGAAGGAACUCUGCUAUGCUGGAAGUCAUGGGAUGGACAUAAUGACAUCUUCUUCAGCACAUUAUGAACACAAUGCUGAAAAGGGCAAAGAAGCCAACCUCUUCCAACCUGCUCGCGAUUUUCUGCCUAUGAUCGAUGAGGUUUCCAAGGCCCUCUUGGAAGUCACGAGAGGAAUCGAAGGCGCGAGCGUUGAGGAUAACAAGUUCUGCGUGUCUGUUCAUUACCGCAACGUAGACGAGAAGGACUGGGAGCUGGUCGCACGGCUCGUAAACGAGGUGCUGGAGGAUUUCCCCACUCUCAAAGUGACCAACGGGCGAAUGGUUUUAGAGGUUCGUCCGGUGAUCGACUGGGACAAGGGGAAGGCCGUCGAGUUCCUGCUUCAGUCGCUCGGCCUGAGCGACCCCGAGAACGUGAUCCCAAUCUACAUCGGCGACGACCGCACCGACGAAGACGCGUUCAAGGUGCUCCGGGAGAGGAACUGCGGGUACGGGAUACUGGUCUCGCAGGCGCCCAAGGAAACCGAAGCCUUCUACUCGCUCAGGGACCCGUCUGAAGUGAUGGAGUUCCUGAACUCCUUGGUGAGGUGGAAGAAGCACUCGCUAUGA